AAAGUAUGUUUUACUGCUGACGCUGUCGCUGAAGCAAUCGAACUUUGCAUCGAAACCAUGAUAAUUUUAAAAAGAAAUCAUGCUGUUUAAAACCGGCGACCUACAUUUCAUGGGUAAGGUCAAAAAAAAUGUAAUUAUACUUUAUAUGUGAAUGUCAUUUUGUUUUUUAAUUAUUUUGUUUAUUUAAAUAUAAAAUUGUUGCAUUUCUUAUAUAUUUCAGAAUUCCAUAGCAGGAAGGAAAACUUAUUUACAAUCCCAAUGAUGUCUUAUUGAGGAUCAAUUAUGCCUUCUGAAAAUCCCAAGAAUUCAUCUCCUAACAAGGAGAGCGUAAAAAUCACCCAUAGUCCUAUUAGAGAUGAUCUCAGAGCAAUAUUAUUAUUGAUGUUGCUUUAUCUUCUACAAGGGAUACCAUUAGGAGUAGCAUCUUCUGUUCAAUAUAUGCUAAGAACCAGACAUAUUGGUUAUAAACAGCAAGCCAUAUUUAGUUUAUCAGAUUGGCCAUAUAGUUUAAAACUAUUUUGGGCUCCUUUUGUGGAUUCUGUAUUUUUUAAAAGAAUUGGUCGCCGAAAGUCGUGGUUAGGUCCAGUUCAGGUUUUAAUAGCUAUUGCUCUUUGGUUAUUAUCGUUAGAAGUUGGGGAUCUUUUGGGUCCAGAAAAUGGUGAUAAAGAAAUAAAUGUGAUUCUUCUCGCACUUAUAUUCUUCACAUUGACUUUUCUUGCUGCCACUCAGGAUAUCGUUGUAGAUGGAUGGGCCUUGAACAUGCUCUCAAAGCGUAAUGUCGGUUGGGCUUCAACAUGCAAUACUGUUGGUCAAUCAACUGGAUAUUUUAUAUCCAAUGCUUUAUUUUUAGCUUUAGAAUCCUCUUCAUUUUGUAACGCUCACUUGAGGAGUGUUCCAAACUCAAAUGGCAUUUGGAAUUUAAAAGGUUUUUUACAAACAUGGGCAAUUAUCUACGUAAUCGUUACGAUUCUGGUUCUCAUUCUAAAGCGAGAGAAGAAGCCGCAAGUUGCUGUUUCUAGUGUCAACAAGUCCUAUUCACAAUUGUGUAAAAUUCUAACUCAUCCUCCUGUAAAGCAAAUUGUCUUCCUUCAUUUAACGUCAAAAGUUGGUUAUGCCGCAACAGAAAUCUUAACCAAUUUAAGACUCAUAGACGCUGGUGUGCCCAGGCACAAUUUGGCAUUGAUGAGUAUGCCAAUGGUUCCAAUAAAUAUUAUUCUACCAUUGGCCUUAAGUAAAUUAGUAGCUGGUCCAAGACCAUUUACAGUUUUCUUAAAGAGUCUACCACCCAGGUUAUUGAUGUGUCUAGGACUUGCAGGAGUCGUUUAUUGGGCAAAAGUAUUGAACGUAACGGACGGGGUGUUUCCUUCAAAGUUUUACUUUGCUCUCUUUAUCGUACAAGCUCUAUAUCAGACUACAGCAUAUGCGUGCACAGUUGGCACCAUUGGCUUUCAUUGUAAGGUUGCAGAUCCCGGUAUAGGUGGAACUUAUAUGACAUUACUUAAUACUGCAACUAACUUAGGUUUUAUUUGGCCAUCAACUUUGGGAAUCUAUAUAGUUGACUUAUUGUCUGAUAAGCAAUGUAAAAAUACUGAAGGAGGUUAUUGUUAUAAUCAACAACAAAUACAGGCUAGUAAAAGAAUAAAAUGUGUUGAAAGAGGAGGCGAAUGUCGAACUCUAAUUGAUGGAUUUUAUAUUGAGGUUAUUAUGGGAAUACUUUUGGGUUGCGUAUGGCUAAAACUGUUUUAUAGGAAAGCUGAAAAAUUGCAGGAUCUAGCCAGUGAAGAUUGGCAAGUCGGUGCUUAA